AUGGCUCCGCGGCGUCUGUGGUGGCCGUGCCUUGCGGUGCUUCUGCAAGAUCCUCUCGCCCACCUUGACCUGUCUACGAAUAACGAGUUAACUACUGGUACUAGCCAGCCUGGCUUGGCCGGCGACCUCGAUCGCAACUCGUCCCACCUUCUUACCCACCACCCCUGGUCCAUCUCUGAACCUCUGAAGCAAUACGCCGUCCGUGCCCUCUCCUCUGGUCUCUUGCUAUUCAUACUCCGCCCUCAUCCGUUCCCUUGCCACCCCUCCCCCCCCCGGCCCGGCGCUCCUCACACACCUCUCACUCUCACCUCCCACACCAGCCUCACACACCACACGCCCUGGAACCCUCUCUCGCCUCAGAUACCACCUCAACAAAGACGCCCAUUAUGGGUACAUCUCAAGCCUGCCAGCCGCGAUGGGACCUGA